AUGGUAGAUUUCUGCUUGAAGCCCUCGUUCCAAGCACCACGGGAGACCUCCCUGGAGACACUGCACGUAGAGGAGGACUUCAGCUCAUAUAUUGUGUAUCACGCCCUGGAGCAGGAGCGGUGGCAGAACUUCCAGCAGCUGUGCCAGCUGGACGAAGAGGCCCUGGUCCCCACCCAGGAGGCAACGGAGUGCCGCAUCUGCUACCUCGACGUGGAGCCGGGCGAGGGGGUGCUGCUGCGGGAAUGCCUGCACAGCUUCUGCAGGGACUGUCUGCGGCAGCUGAUCAACUGCAGCGAGGAGCCCCAGGUGGCCUGCCCCUUCCGGGACGACAGCUACGCCUGCAGCAGCCAUCUCCAGGAUCGAGAGAUCCGGGCGCUGGUGUCGCGGGAGGAGUACGAGCGUUUCCUGGAGAGGAGGCUGGCGGUGGCAGAGAGCCGCGCCCAGAACAGCUACCACUGCCAGACGGCCGACUGCCUGGGCUGGUGCAUCUACGAGGACGACGUCAACGACUUCCGCUGCCCCAUCUGCUGUGCGCUCAACUGCCUGGUCUGCAAGGCCAUUCACGAGGGGAUGAACUGCAAGCAGUACCAGGACAAACUGCAGUUCCAGGCCCAGAAUGAUGCCGCGGCCCGGGAGACCAGCAACAUGCUCAAGAUGCUGGUGCAACUGGGGGAGGCCAUGCACUGCCCCGUCUGCCGCAUCGUGGUCCAGAAGAAGGGCGGCUGCGACUGGCUCCGCUGCCCCGUCUGCCAGACCGAGAUCUGCUGGGUGACCAAAGGGCCCCGCUGGGGGCCAGGGGGUCCUGGGGACACCAGCGGAGGCUGCCGGUGCAACGCAGAUGGGCAGAGGUGCCACCCCAAUUGUCAGAACUGCCACUGAGCACCUGCUGCCAGGAGAGAAAGACACAGCCCCCCCCCCGCCCGAACUACUGUGGGUGGGGCUUCGCUGGAGACUGAGGAUCCUCCCUCCCUCCCAGGUCUUCCCACACUGGACUUUUUAACCCUGUAGUGGCUGACGAAUGCAUCCUCCAUCCAGAGCUGGGGUGGAGGCUGAUCUUCCCCCAAAGGGUGGCACCCCCACAAACAAGCGUCAGGGGCGGGUCAGUUCUCCCGGGCGCCCUUCCUCCCCCUUCCCUUUCUGCACCACCCUGAUCUCAUGCCAAGGGCACGGACGCCCCCAGCCCCUGGACAGAGAGAACAGGGGCCCAGGCAGGAGAGCGGGGCCGCGGAAGGGCUCGAGAUGUACAUUGCUGCACAGACGGGCG